AUGUCACUGGUUUUCCCCUACCAUAGUCCCAUCUCAGCUCCGUCGCUUGGCGACAUUAUAACCUCCUCAUCUGAGUCUUCCUCCUUACAUCCAUCAGACGUAACAGGUUCGUCGAAAAUACCUAAUAUCGUCAUUAUACCGAUAUGUGUUGUGCCCGCCAUAUGUGCUUUUAUCUUCUUUGGACGUAGAUUUUACAUCAAGAGGAAGAGCAGAGGUGAGGCUCGGGAGAGCGACGAGGAGCUCAACAAAUUGCUUGGCCAAGCUGCUCAGUCCCUUCGUUCAUUUGCAUAUGCUGACCUCAGCGCCGCCACCAAUAACUUCAGAGACGCUCACAAGACUGGAAGCGGCGGCUUUGGAUGUGUAUACAGAGGCACUUUGCCUGGCACAAACAAAGCUGUAGCUGUAAAAAGAGUAUCUCCAACUUGCAAGCAAGGUAAGAAUCAGUACGUAUCAGAAGUUGUAAUAAACACUAAACUUACACACCACAAUCUUGUCAGGUUUCUGGGUUGGUGCCAUCGAAAGGACGAUUUGCUUCUGGUCUACGAAUUGCUCUCAAAUGGAAGCCUUGACAAAUAUCUGUUUGGGGAGACGGAGGCACUUUUGAAUUGGGAUCGAAGAUACAGCAUAGCCUGUGAUAUAGCCUCUGCUCUGGUUUAUCUUCACGAGGACCGGCAUGAGAGCGUUGUGCACAGAGACAUAAAGGCCAGCAAUGUGAUGUUGGAUUCGAACUUCAAAGCCAAGCUGGGGGAUUUUGGGCUUGCCAGAGUGAUGGAGCGCGAAAAAGGAGGACAUACAACUAUGGCAGCAGGAACAAUUGGGUACAUGGCACCAGAGUCCGUAACAACGGGAAAGGCUACUCGAGAGUCCGACGUGUUCAGUUUUGGUGCUUUAGCUCUGGAAAUUGCCUGUGGAAGACGGCCGGCGGACUGGAGCUUGAUUGAACACAAUUUCAGAGUGGUAGAAUGGGUUUGGCAUUUGCAUGGGCAGGGCAGAAUUCUUGAUGCAGCAGAUGAAAAACUGGGUGGAAACUUCAAUGGUAAGGAAAUGGAACGGCUUAUACAAGUGGGAUUGUUGUGUUCUCAUCUCGAUCCCAAUGCCAGACCGAAUAUGGAAACAGUGGUGGGUAUAUUGAAAAGAGGAGCCGAAUUGCCUCAUGUUUCUCUAGAAUUUCCUGUGCCAGUGUAUGGUAACCGUCCUUCAGCUGAUAUCACCUCAUCCUCAAAAUCGAUAGUCGAUGGACUUUUAUUCUCGUCUAGUAAGUUUUCCACCAGCUCACGAAGCCAUUCCCUAUAA